AUGGAAAGUGAAUUGCGUGAGGACAAUGUGAAAUGUAAAAUGCUGACGGAAAGUCUUGACUUUAUUGAGGAGGUGCCAAAAGAUAGAGGAAAAACAUCUCACAACUGUGAUAUCUGUAAAAAGUCAUUUACUCGGAAAGAAAGCCUCACGAUUCACAGACAACCAUUCCAUUGUGAUUUAUGUGACAGGUCAUUCUCUGGACGAUUUUCCUUAACCACACACCGACGCAUUCAUACAGGGGAGAGACCUUAUCGGUGUGAUAUCUGUGGUAAAUCAUUCUGUCGAAAUGACCACUUGACUGCACACAGGCGAAUUCAUACUGGAGAGAGACCGUAUCAGUGUGAUAUCUGUGGCCAGUCUUUUUCUGUACGGAGUUCCUUAAAUAAACACAAACGCACUCACACAGGGGAGAGGCCUUAUCAAUGUGCCAUCUGUGGUCGGUUAUUCUCUGAAGGAAGUUCCUUAACUAAGCACAAGCGCAUUCACACUGGGGAGAAACCAUUUUGUUGUGACAUCUGUGGACUCUCAUUCUCUUCAGGAUUUCUUUUGACUACACACAAACGCACUCACACGGGAGAGAAACCUUUUCGGUGUGACACGUGUGGUAAAUCAUUCUCUCGAAAUCAACACUUAACGAGACACAAACGAGUUCACACAGGUGAGAAGCCGAUUCAUUGUGAUAUCUGUGGCCAGUCAUUUUCUGUUGGAAGUAGUUUAACUAACCACAAACGAAUCCAUACGGGAGAGAGACCUUAUCGGUGUGACACAUGUGGGAAAUCAUUCUCUCGAAAUGAUUGCUUAAAUGAACACAAACGCAUUCAUAAAAGAUAAAAAGCAUUUCACUUUGGUAAAUCAUUCUCUGAUAAUGAUUUUUGACUGAAACAAAUGCAUUCAAGGAG